UCUUCCCAACGGAUCCGUAUCCACGUUUCCUCAUCGUUACUUAUCGUCGCAUAGCAGAUUCGCUACGCCAUUCGCUUCGAUUCCCACUUCCUAGCGACCGACUAUCUUCCAUUGACGUCCUAGGGGUCUUCUUGCGCCCAGGUCACCCCCGCGUCCACAGGACGCCGAAGUAAACGUUCCUUCAUUCCAAUUCAUCCUUAUCGGUAUUGCACCGAAACAAAGACAGAAUCAUGCACCUGCCGCAUUCCUCGACACUCCUCCUUCUCCUCGCAGCUGCGACAGCUCGCGCCGCCGAUACCACAACGUCUUCAACGACAACAAGUGCACCGGCAUGUACGGCGGCAUCCAAGAGCGGCAGCGGGGCAUUUUACGACCUACGGCCGGACAUCGCAGUUAAGCCGGAGGAGGGCAAGUCGUCAAAGUCAGGCGUCUCUGUCGACUAUCAUGCCAGGGGAUGGGACUACGGUCGCAACUUUACCUUGAACAUUUGCGCACCGGUCAUUGAGGCACUUGACGAUGUCGAAGGCCUGACAAAGACCGAAUCAAAGAAUGUUAGCGCGUUCUACGAAUACAAGAACGAGGUCUACUCCAUUGGGUCAUCAUCCAUGGAUAUUCAGACCCGUGGGCGCAUACUCGUCCUGCAGUACAAGAACGGCUCUCCCUGCGGCAAGACCAAGUCGAAACGAUCCAAGGCUCACGAUGGGGCUUCUUACAACAAGUACGCCGAUGAGGAGGAAGCAACAGCUUUGAGCGCCUUUGGCAACACCCAAAACAAGGUUACUGCCGACAAGGACGAUUCCGACUCUACCACGCGCCGCAAGUCGGCUACCAUCUCCUUCCACUGCGAUACCGAACAGGUUGGCGGAGCUGCGCAUAUCUCCUUUGUCGGGUCUGACCCCGAUGACUGCGCGUACUUCUUUGAAGCGCGUUCCCAGCAUGCGUGCCCCAGAGCGGAACCGCACCAGCCAGGCAGCGUCGGCCCCGGCAGUGUCUUUGCCAUCAUAUUUGUCAUUGCCGUCCUCGUCUACUUUGGAGGUGGCGUCUUCUACCAAAGAACUGUCGCACAUGCGCGAGGUUGGCGACAGCUGCCCAACUACAGCCUCUGGGCUGGCAUUUGGGGAUUUGUCAGUGACAUGUUCAUUAUCGCAACGUCUUCUUGUGCGCAGCUGCUUCCUGGGAGGCGUGGCUACAGUCAUCUGUCUGGGCCGAUGGGCGUGGAGUGUAUCAUAAGCAUUUGAGCAUCAACUUUUCUUUGAUUCACACAGAUUGCGAUUGCGCGUUGGAGCUGCGGGUUUGUUUUCAGGGGAUAACCCUUUGGCGGCACUCGAACUGUGUGUGGCCCCGGAUGCACCUCCGGUUGCACUGAAGUAAAGCUUCGUCUGCCAGUUGAUGCUACCUUGCUCGUAC